GAUUCACCCAAGGAAGAAGUCAAGUAUCUGUAUCUACUGGUCUUGUCUCCAAGGUGAUGACCUUGUUAUUGUUGUUUCGGUAGUCUGGUGAUUGUAAUGCUGUUGCAGAGAGCACAUUUGUAGUUCCAAUGACAGCAAAGAAGAGCCGUCACUGAACAGCCUCCGUCGAGUAAUUUGUAGGGAACACAGUCCACUACCACAGCAGUGGUAAUUGAUAGUCUGUGCAUGGAAUGCGGCAUGCGGAGCGUGGUCGAGGCAGAAGUGGACAUAAGAUGAAUGCUAUGCAGCAGCAGCUUUUGUGGAGUGUUCUGCUGAUGACACCUUGAAAAGCAGGCAACCACGCAGAGCAGGUUUGGGGAUGUGCGCAAAAUGUGAUGGGUCUUCUGUUCUCAAGCUGGUUGCUGCGCUUUCACUGUUACAGAAUUCUUUUGGCAGUUCACUUGUAUUUCCGCGCCUGUGGAUUGGUCACUGACGUGUGGAUGGUGAACCGCCUGUGUUCACGGAAGUGCGAGCAGUGGUGCGGGCCUUUCAGCUGUGAAGUCGCACAUUGUGCAGUGCGGAACCCAGCUAGCUGCUUAUGGCACAUUGGUGGGGACCGCAAGACAGCUCAAGAUGUGGUGUCCAUAACUCUAUGCAAGGGGUCUUUAAUCAAGGAAAACUUCAUUCUCUGUUUUCCAUCUUGUGAAUUGGUGGGUUUGCGAGGGUAUUGACGGUGGAUGCUGACAGAGUUGAACGCAAGCCGGCAUACCUGAUCCUUGGUGACUUUGCGAGCGUAUUGACGGUGGAUGCUGACGGCGCUGAACGCAAGCCGGCAUACCUGAUCCUUGGUGACUUUGCGAGGGUAUUGCACCGACCCUCGGUGAGUUUGCGAGGAUAUUGAUGGUGGAUGCUGACAGCUUUGAACGCAAACCGGCAUACCUGAUCAGAACAGCAGGUCUGGUGUAUCGGUACAGGUGCAGUGUUUGCCGACCGAUUGUUUUGUUAACCAGAAGAUGGGAGCCUUUGUGUGCUGCAGAGAGCUGAGUAAGCAGAUUAGCACAUCUGCAUCUGGACCUCAUUCUGGUUGAGAGAGUCGAGGAGGUGAUGAGAGCAUGCUUGCGGAAGCAUCUUCGGGGUGUGUGGUCUUGAAGCUGUUCCUAAGGUUCAGUUUCUCCUGGAAAUGGUGCAGCGUUCGGAUGAAGCCAAGACGACAUCGGUAAGGUUCAUCGAAUGCACUCCCACGCCCUUUAGCAUUUUUUUAUUUCCUGUUUAGGAAAGGCGUUAUUGGCACUGGUAAGGUGGCAAGGAACGGGGAUGUGAAAUUCUUUCUUCGUUCCCCUUCCUUCAUUUUCCAGGGUGGGCAUGUGGCUUGUUCUGAUCUCUCCUGCCACUCCGUACUGAAGGAUAUAGCGAAAUGGAAUGUGGACGCGUCUUUGGUCAAAAGUGUUUGAGAGGGUGAGGAUUCCCCACAGCAUCAGCUAUUGCUGUCGAUGGGCAGGUGCAAAAGUAUGUAUGGAUGGGGCACGCAUGCAUCGAGAAGCGGAGCCCCUGGUUGUCUUUUAGUCUGUUGAAUAAAAUAAUGCAUAGGUGAAGCCGGAUUCUGAACCGGCAUUCUGGCAUGUAUUCCCUGGACAUGGGAACUACUUGUCGUGCUGCGGAGAUGUCAAGUCGGUACGAAACAUAGGUAAUCGUUAUGUCAGCUGUGUUGGCCCUCUCCUUCCGUCUUCUCUUUAGCAGACGUGAGCCUAUUACGAAGGCUGGGUUGGGCAAGUUGAAGCGAGGGACAUAUUGGGAGAAAGAGUGGCCGUGUGUCUUGUUGGUGGGGUGGGAGGGGGGAGGGGGGGGAGUGGGAGUGAAGAGGGGAAGUCGUGACGAAGCAGUACGAGCAGUACCGAGGAAUGCCCGGGGAGGGACACAAGCGUUUCUCUCGAUUUGUUGAGAACGAUGCUUUUUUUUUUCUUCUUCUUUUUUCCCUGGUUCCCUUUUUCCUAUCUAUUGUUUUGUCCCUUCUUCAGCUAAUUUGUGUUGGCAAAAGAAGGGCUUGAGAAAACGUGUGACCUUGAUCACUAUUGUGAGCGAGACUCUGGUUGGGGAUCAGCAGUUGCAUGCUGAAAAACUAGAACAGGUGUCUCUUGCUAGAAGCAGUGGACCUUCAUUACCCACGGUGGAUUUCUGGUUAUCAAUCGUCGAGGUGUGUUAUUUUCGAGUUUUGCCGCUUGUGGUCAUCUAGAUGUGUAUAUUAUUUGCCCUAGGAGUAGGAACACAAUCAGCUCGUUUCUUUCGUUUUCGCUUUUCUUCUCCCUGGAGUUUCUCGUCUUUCUGCGAUGCCAAGAUUUGCAUGUGCUGUUUGGGAUUACGACGGGCUUAUGGUACAUGGUGGUCACACUCUGCCAGAUACAGUGAUUGACCACAGGCUUACGGUGCAUAAGUUGUGUGUGGGAGUGUGUUGUUUGUGUGUGGGAGUGUGUUGUUUGUGUGUGUGUGCCUGUGUGUGUGUGUGUGUGUGUGUGUGUGAGAGAGAGAGAGAGAGAGAGAGAGGAGGAGGAGGGGGAGGACCUAUGGAGGCAGAAAAGGAGGGAGGUGUAUGGGGAGUGUCUUGCAGCAGGGUACGACUUCUAUGGUCGGACCAGGGCCUCACCAUGCAGAGUGGAGAAAACAGUUGCCAAUGGGGAUGACCUCUUCCUCUGGUGACUGAGGGUUGGAAGCAUAGCAUGUCCUCCCAAUGGGACCAAGUCCUCGGAAAUUUUGCUUCAUUGUGCAGGUCGGUGAUGAGGUGUGGUACAAAGGGAAUUGAAAGUUGAGGCUGCCGCUGGUGGUGCGUAUGCUAACUUCUUCAACAAGAUGUCAGAGAUACAGGAGGCAAAGUAAUGGUUGAUGGUGCUCUCGAACGGAGAAAGAGAGGGGAAGAGAGAGCGAGAAGUGAACCACCACAAACCUUUCUUUUGACCUGAGUAUCAACUAAGAGGUGUGUGUGAUAUAUGUAUAUGUACAUGAUGCACAGAAGGAUGGGGGGGAGAGAGAGAGAGAGAGAGAGAAGAGUUGAGCAUGAGCCAGAGGAGUUCUUUGAGGCUGCAUUGACAAGUGAGAACAUGGAUGGGCCUGUGAAGUUGUGUCGACAUCAAGAAGGGUACUUGUGGCAGGGUCGCCGGGCCACAGAAUUUCCACCAAUGCUGAGUGUAUUCAAGGGGGCAAAGUUUUGGGGUACCACUGUGAUGUCAUCGUAUAUGGCGUGGAGAAGUGUGUGGGACAGUAAGAUUUUGUGGGAGGUCGUUGGUCCAUGAGGGAUAGGGAGUCGUCGUUUUUGUGAAGGGGCAGAAGUGAUUGGAGAUCUGAGGAGUUCCUUUUUUUAAUUUUAAAAUUUCAACCAUACGUGAGAUCAGAGAUGUCCCUUUUUCUUUCUUCCUGCAGGGAAGUUUGAGGACUUCCCUGGUAACACUGGGGCAAUACGAGGAGUUUCUUUAUUCUGGUGGCAAAGGUUUGAGGAGUUUGUUUAUUCCGGUGUCAAAGGUUUGACGAGUUUCUUUAUGUAGAUGGGAAAUUUCAGGAGUUUUCUUACUUCUUGUGGAGAGAAGUGAGGGCUUUUUUUCCCCCUUCCUACCUGUAGGCAGACUCGAGGAUUGUGUCCUUCCUGUUGAAGAGAUUGAGAAGUUUCAUGCUAUGUAUGUAUCAUAAAAUUUCAUUUCGGGUGAUAAAGGUGGAGAAGAUUC